UAAACAGAAUUUCGAAAUAUGAAACGAAUUAUAUAUAGGUUGUUUAGUGGAUUUAUAAUACGCACGGUAAAUAAAAGUGAAAGGAAAGACAUGUUCUAAAAAACCUAUGCGUUCGCACGAAUGUCGAAAUUUCGAAGGAAUUUGAUAUAGAUAUCGUUCGCGCGAAAUUUAUCCGAGCAAGUCGUAUUCCUGAUGCGAUCUGAUCAUUGCGAUUAGGCGCGAUUUGCGAUUAAACGCAAAGUAAUGUCGACAAAUAUUUAUCGAAGAUGCGGUCGGCUGGCAUUCGAGUACAUUAAACGACAGGAUAAUUUUCUCUUCUUUUGAAAAACAUUGAGAACCUAAGAACCUUUAGUAAAAUGACUCUAUGGAAUGGAAAUAUUUUCCAUUUCAUAAAAGAAGCACGAGUUCAAUUCCGCAAUAUUGCGCGGUGUAUCGACUAAAAAUAUAGAAGUAGAGCAUUUAGAAAAAACAGUAGCAGAUAUAAGGUCGUAAAUCGGAUCAGCGGCUUAAAGGUGGUUAAGAAAGUUCUCAACUUCUGAUGCGAUCGAUUUUAUCUUAGCUUCCAGACUUCACUAAAUACACGGAAAGUAAAAAGGCGUGAAUGAGGCAAUAUUAACGAUAUAGUCGAUAUAUCGUUCUUGCUGCAAUGAUAACAUGUUAUCGGAGUGAUACCGUUUAACGACACAAUUUGCCGUAUGAAUGUGCAUGUGUGUGCAAAUUACUAAGACGUGUUGAUUUUGUGAGACGGAAAGUUAUGUGACUCGGUCAUCGAGUGAAAAUAAAUGAAUCGUCAUUCAUACCGUGUGACGUGCGUAAUGUUGAGUGUGAGUGUCUAAGUGCGGUCGAUGUUAGUGUGAGAUUUAACUGGGAAAGAUGACACUGAAGAAGGAAGCGAAAAGGUCCUUGAAAAAGAGCAAGCCGAGCCACAAAGCAACAAAUUAUAAUGAUGAGAGCGCAAGUGCGACGCAGUUGGGACAUCCCACAAAGGAAUGCAAGCAAGCGAAAUCAGAAGCAGAAUCCUUCAACAUCAAGAGAUCAUCGUUGAAGGAAACCUCAUUGAAGGAUGCGGAGGAUGCGGACAAUCCAAGUGGGAAGCUCGAACGGCGUUCGUCGUUCCGUCGGAAAUUCGGCGCUCUGUUGAAAAGGAGUGCCGAGUUACCGGCGGUGAUAAACCAUAGCCUGCAGCCGAUCAGGCGUAGCAUGAGUUUUAGCAAGGACCUUCAUCACAGCCACGAGCCCUCAAGGCAGCCCUACAGGACCAGCAGCGUGCAGUGGUACAACAGUCUCAGCACUCUCAGCUCGUUAGCGGAAGAUGAGGUCGAUGCUGAUUACAAGAGGGCGGGCGCUUCCGAGGCCUUCGAUGGCAGGGUGACCCAAGUCACCAGAACGCACAGUCUGAUGGAGAAGUAUCCUACUACUAAUCUUAAACGAAGGGUGAAUACUUUGUCACAUCCAUUGGCACCUCCUUACGGACGGCACAGCGAUUACUAUCACUCCAAUAUAGAUCUCAGCAAUCCACCCUGUGAAGCAAGCAGUCUUCCAGCUUUGAGUCGUGUUGCCAUUGACGCAUAUGAUAAUGAAACGAAAUUGUCACUAAGAGAGCAACAGGUCAGGAACGGAUCGGGGAAUUUCAGAUCCAGUGUCCGAAAAUUAUCUCCGCUAGGAAAUUUUAUCAAACAGCAUUUGGUGCGUUCGAGGUCGUUGACGCAGCUAGACUCCCUGAGUGGCAGCAUGUUAGAUACGGGAGAGCAUCAUCUGGAGGGCGAUCCCUCGCAGCAGCAACCCCCUCACCUGCAUCACCAUCAGCAGUCCCAUCAGUUGCAACACCACCCUCUCGGCAUUGAAUGCAAUCGAAUACGAUUUCUCGCACCGAGUGCGACACCAACCGAGAUCGCGAACUCCAAUCGCAGGCACAAAUUUUCACGCUCUCAGGUAUCCAGUAACGAAUACUUUAGCGUCAGUUUUGAGGUGGGCGACGACGUCUUGACUUCCUUCGACCGGGAGGAGUUUCUACCGGCGACGCGAGGAACUUACCUGGUGGAUGUAAAGUUCCGCAUGUCCAAGGAACUGCAACCGGAACAAACGGGUCACCGUGAGGGUCCAGAUGUUAGUAUGAUGAGGUAA